AUGGAAGAUUACGAACCAGAAUUCGAAGAUUUAUCUGAAUCAUUAGCACAAUUUUCAACACCAUUAACAUCAUCAGCACAAUUAACAUUGCCAACACAAUCAACAUCACCACUUCAAUUACAAGAUUCUGUAGAGCAACUCGUGAAAUCUUUAUAUCGGCAUUCCGAACUACAACAAAUAAAAGAUGGACAAAGCUUGA